AUGCCAAGGACCGCAAGAAAUAACAAUAUGAGAUCCAAUGGAGCCUCAAUAGAAGUUGCUGGGGUGAUAGGAACGGGUGCAUCGAAGACUAGAAAGAAGAUGAGAGAUAUAGAAAGAUUAUUGAAAAAAGAUACAUUGCCAGCCCAUGUAAGAGUUGAAAACGAAAGAGCAUUGAAGGCAUUAGGCGUGGAAUUACAGAAUACACAACAUAAUUUGAAAGCUAAACAAAAUGCUAAAAAAUAUCAUAUGGUUCGUUUCUUCGAGAAGAAGAAGGCCAUUAGAAAAUUGAAACAGGCCAGAAAAACCCUCGAGGACACAGCUAGUACGGAAGUUAGAAAGGAUAUCAAAAAGGCUAGAAAGGUUGUGAAACAUAGCGAGGUUGAUAUUAUAUACGUUAUGUUGUUCCCAAAAACUGAAAAGUAUAUCUCUUUAUAUCCAAACCCUAAGGAAGAUGACAAAACAGAGUUGUCUAAGAACCCUAAGGCGAAGAAGGGAAUGCAGAUGACCGAGGAAAGAAAAAGAGAGCUUAGGAAGCAAGCUGAGCGUCUCCUUGACGAGAACAAGUUACCAUUUUCGAUCGAUGAUGUCUUACAAGGUAAAACUAUAAGAUUAGACGACACCCAGAAUCAUGCCGUUUUGACAGAAGAGAUCGACGCUCCAAGUAAGAAAUAUAAUGAUGAAGAAGAAAAGGAAGACGACUUCUUUGAAUAA